GAGAACUAGAUAACUCGUACCUGAAAUGGUUUGUUAUUUUUCCCGAACUUUCUGCAACAUUACAUAAAUAAGAUAACUAAGGCUCUGUUACAACAUGUCUGUAGUGAAGUCUGGAUACUUAAAACGUCACAGUAACAGCUUGUUUCAUGGAGGAUGGAAGGAUACCUGGGUUGUGCUGUAUGACAACAGUGAUUUAUGUCUACACAAACAUCAACAUGAUUCAGACCUCAAAGCCAGGAUUCACCUUAGGGAUGUGUGUAAGAGAUUUGCCUAUGGACAGUACACCAACUGUUUCCCUGACCGACCCAAGGUCCCUGAGGGGUACACUUACGACAGUGUGAUAGCUAUUCCCUCAAGAAAUAACAGCAAAUGUAAAGUCUUCUGGCUGUUGUGUCAUGACCCUAAUGAAUUAAAUGAAUGGAUGAAUGCAAUUUGUAAAACUCUUCCCCCUCCUCCUAGUCCACAACAGUCAUCUAAUGCCCCGCCCCCUUACAAUCCAGGUGCCCCUGCCCCAGGAGGCAUUGGUUUUGAUGGUGUGUCAGGGGGACACCAAGGAGGGCCUGCUCCCUACCCCCAGGGACCUCCACCUCAGGGGUACUACCCCCAAGGACCUCCCCCACAAGGGUACUACCAGCAACCCUAUCAGCCUCAGUAUCAACAGCAACCAUAUGGUUAUGCCCCACAGCAAGAACAACACAAGGGAAAAGGAAUACUUGGUGGACUUGGAAAUUUAUUGGGAGGAAAAGGAGGCGGAGGGGGAGGAGGAGGGGGAGGAAUAUUAAGUAGUAAAGGAGGAAAAGCUGCAGCAGGUCUACUUGGAGGUGCAGCCUUAGGAUAUGGUGCCUCAAAAAUGAUUGGCCAUGGCUUUGGUGGCUGGGGCCUUGGUCACCACGGUAGUUGGGGGUCCAUGAGUAGUUUUGGAAGUGCUGGUAGUUUUGGUAGCAUAGGAAGUUUUGAUUGAAGCUGGAUAGCACUUUAUUUACCUUUCGAAUUUUUUUAAUUAUUUUUUUUUAAAAUGAUUAUAUACAUAUAUUGUAUACCAGUUAUUGUGGUCUUGUAUAUUUAGAGCCUGUAAACCUCUGAUACAACAUAUUUUAUAUUGUUGGUCAGUACUGUGAUACAUGGAUGUUUUUUAUCUGUACCAUAUUUAAAAUUAUAAAUUAUUUUUAAGCAUAAAUAAUCUGUUAUGAAAUGAAGAGAAUUUGUUAUUUCCUGAAACAAAGAAUUUCUAUUGCUUUCUUUUUCUGUGUUACAAUUAAAGAUAAAGUUCUGGGAAAAAAUAACUGUCCUGACAAAGAUGAAAACUUCCAUUGCAAGAAAGUGUUGUGAGAAAAUAUAGAAGGGGUGGAUUUUUUUAGUUUACCCUUAUCUUUAACUUGUGACUUCAUGUACACUAUAGAAGAGCACAAUUUUUCUAACUGCACAUGUGCUCAGGUGAAAAUGUAACAGUGAUAUUAUUCAAUUGUCUUUAACUUUGUUUUUUUUUCAGAUAUAUAUGUUUUUGGUAUCUACUUAUUUAAUUUUAUUUACAAUACUUAUACAUACUUUGUAUCAUUCUGUAGUAAUGAUAUCAUUAAUGGUGAUGAUGUGUUAAUUGAGUCAGACCUAAAAUCUAAGAAGAAGGUACAGUUUCUUUCUGCAUAUGCCCUAAAAACCAAAAGUUGUUUAAAUCUCAUGAAAAUACACACAUACCAUCUUGAACAUGUGUGUGUGUGUAUAUAAAGUACCAAGUUAUACACUUCUAUCAUAUUUUCAAAAAAAGAAUAUUGACUUCAACAUUUUGUCAUAUUUCUAAGAUUUUAAGUACUGAUAGUGAAAAAUGAUUAAAAAAUGGCACACUUUCUCAUAGUUUUUUGAAGAGAAAAAUGUUUCCGCAGCCGUUGCCCACAACAAAAUCAAUAUAUUUUGUGUGAUAUCACAUGAUAAAAUUAUAAUUAUACCCCCGCAAACGAAGUUUAGGGGGGUAUAUUGGUUUCACCCUGUCCGUCUGUCUGUCCGUCCGUCUGUCCGUCUGUCUGUAGACGCAACUUUGUCCCCCCUAUAGAAUUUUUUAUUACUGCAUGGAACAGUUUGAAAAUUUGUACAUAUGUUGAACACCAUCUGAAGAUGUGCACCUGCAAUUUUUUUUAAGAUCAGACAAGAUUUAAUGAUUUUAUGACAGUUUUCAUUUUCCUUAUUCUAUAUAUUGUACACUAAUGUUGAAAAGUAAGGGAGGUAAUCCUUACAGAUUUUAUUAAUUAAUUAAUAGAAAACACUCUAAAAUAUAUUUAUAUAAAUACAUCCAGAUGGAGUUUUUUGUCUUUAUGUCUUAAUUAAUGAAAAAAAAUUAUUUUUUAUAAGUUCUCUAUCAACUGACAAUGCAAAGUUUUUGUUUGUCAAUGAUAAAUUCUUAGGAGCUAAUAAGAACAUCAAAGACAAGUGUGGCUGAAUUCAUUUGUCCCAAGGGAGACAUUAUCUGAGCCAUGGUUCAGAUGGAGCAUGUGUUUAGGGGAAAUUGAUAAUCUGUAAAGUGGGUGAUGGUUUUGGGGCUAUUUUAAAACUGUUCCAUGUAAACCAAAAGGUCUAUCAUAAUAAGGAAAUGAAUAAUAUAAUUAUUAAUAAAGAAGUUAAACUAUUUUUAGAGGUUGUUUAAAUUUAUUUGUCAAGUAAAUUGAUGAAGUGACCCUAUUGGGCAUUAAUUUAAAUGAAAUUCAAAAUUACUGAUAUGAUUGUAGUGUUUUGGCAAUUUUAAAAUUGUUUGUAAUAUUAAAUUUUCUUUUUCUACAUAUUUUUACAUAGUAUGGUAAUUAUGGUAAUGUUUUGGGAGUUUAUUAAAUUUAAAAAGUUCAUCAAAGAAAAUCAUAGUCCUAUGGGAUCAAUUUUCUGAUAUGGAGUUCCAUUGUGCCAUAGGAGAAAGUGAGGAAAAUUUGAAACAACUAAUUGCAUCUGUCAAGACUCUUAUUAGAAAGAUAUUGAAAGUUUUAUCAACAGAAGAGCAUUGCUUGGCUACCGGUAUUUCUAUUCACUGCAAAGGGAGGGGUUAUUGUCAUUUUGUUGGUUUUUCUUUACAUUAAUUAAAUUAAAAAAAUAUAUCAUCAAAUACAUACAUUUGUAAAUGUAUUACUGUUAUAGAUAUGUAUUUACAGUGAAAUUCUGACAAUUUUGAUUUUAAUUUUUCUUUGUUAACUAAUUUUUUUUUUUUUGUUUACAAUUCUAGAAAAAUUUUUUUGUAUGUGUUCCAAACCUUUAUUAUUCAAUUCAAUUAUUUGUCCCAUUUGAAAUUAGCCUAGCGGGGGUAUUAGUCCCAUUAGGACAGUUCUAGUUUGAAUUUUGUUGUAAGCAACAACUGUGGACAUGCAUAGUUUUCUAUUUAAAAAAAUCUACUGAAGAAUUGUUAAUCUUCGUAUUCUGCUCAGUUUUAAGAAAACCGUUGGCAAAUGCACCGUUUAUGAUGUUACAAAUACCUUUCUGAAAGUCCAGUCAGUUUGCUAUAUAAUAAUUUAUCAAUUCUUAGUUUAUAGCUAUAGUACUGUAAAUAAACGUUAAAUUUGAUUUUUUUUAUGAUAUUUUUUAAAAUUACUUUAAAAUAGGGAAAAUAAUGACUGAAUCUGUACCUGUUUUUUUUGUGAACAAUCCAUAUCUGAUACUUAUAGAUAAAGUAUAUAGACUGUGCCAUAGUAAAUAGUUUGAUUUGUGAAAAAUAUGGAAUGUUUGUUUGAAAAUUAUAAGAUUAACUGUUCAUGUAUAUAUAAUGUUGGGUCUUUUCAUUUUUUUUUGUAUCUAUGCAAUAUUUUUUAAAAUACAUGUAAAUCGUUGAAUAUAAAAUGCUAUCAGAUUUGAAAUCUUUCGAAAAUACAUAUGUAUUGUUAACCUUGAAGGUGUUUGUAAAUACAUGUAUACGGUAGUUUUUUUAUCGUCAUGUUAUUUUUCAAAAUGCAUAGAUUGUAAUAAGUGCCAUCAAAAUGAUUUGUGCAAUUUUCAUUUAUUUGAACUUUAAUUAUUAAUACCUGUAAUAAAAGAAAUGGUAAAUGUAAAGUUAGAUGCUGCUAUUACAGAUAGAAGUAAAUAAAGGCAAGAUGCCAUA